AUGGUCUCCCUCCUAGUCACCGUCUUCAUCAUCCAACUGGUCUGCCACCUCAUCCUGACGAUUGGAUCUAAACCCAUCAACGACCUCUCGUCCAAGGACAUGCAGGAACAGCUGCGCCUGCGCCGCGAGGUGCUGCGGCUGAAGCGCGAGAUGAAUGCCGUCAGCGCGCAGGACGAGUUCUCCAAGUGGGCCAAGUUGCGGAGGCAGCAUGACAAGGCGAUGGAGGAGCAUGAUAAGAAAGCCGCCGCCGUUUCCUCCUCCCGAUCAUCGUUCGACACCAAAGCCACGGCGAUCCGAUGGACGUGCACCAGCGGGCUCCGGCUGGCGCUGCAGUUCUGGCACGCGAAGACCCCGGUCUUCACCUACCCACGUGGCUGGUUUCCCUGGUACGUAGAGUGGCUGCUGGGCUUCCCGCGCUGCCCCUACGGCGGCGUCAGCAUCAACGUGUGGAGCACGGCAUGCGGCACCGUCAUUGCGCUGGUGUCGGACGUGGUGGUCUACCUGGUACAGAGCCUGCAGCAAGUGCGGAGCGGUGGGGGGCAACAGAAGGGGAAUGGAAAGGUAGACGGGAGAAGAAAAGAAGAAGCGGUGCGGACGUGA